GUCUUCCGGUUGCUUCCUGCGCCUUCCCUUCCCUUCUCGUCUCGUGCUCUCGCUCGUUCUCGUUCUCGUGGCCGCUGCCAUUUUGGGUCGAUUUUGCGGCCCUUACACUUCUUCUUCUUCUUCUUCUGCUGCUGCUGCUGCUGCUGCUUCCGCUUCUGCGUCUGCUGAUUUUCGUUUCUCGUCCCUAAUCUCCCGACCGACUCACCGUCGUCGUUGUCGUCAUUUAUCCUGGCAAUUCGACCUCGUCGUCAGCAAUCGAUGUCUGAAGCUGAUGUUUCUGACCUGACCUGACCAGCACGCAGUCGUCAGUCGGUCGGUCUCUCUGCCUUCGCGACGGCUUCUCGCUGCCGCCAGUUUGAUUGAUCAAUGCGUCUCCCGUGAAUGCUCCGGUGUGGGGUGUGGUGGGGUGGGGGCGGUUCGGCUGAUGGUUAAAUUGGUCACCCUGCCUUGAUUCCCGAAGGGCGGGCGGGAGGGCGGGCGGCAGAUGAUCCUGCUCUAAUCAUUCGGAGCCGUCGGUCGGUCGGCUUCAGGGUUUUCCUCUCGUGCAGCAGUUGGUGGUUUCGGCCCCGCGCCGUCGAGCGGGCGAGGUCGGGUGACGUGACUUGCGAAUGGGGCCAGCGACGAGGGAUUGCUCGUUGCUCACGCGCGAGCCUCUGCGAUGAGGUCGUUCGUCCCUGCAGGAGCUGCCGCUGCCCCAGCAGCUUGGAGAUGACGACGUUUUCUCGAUGCUGUGGCGCAAGUGACGGUUGUAUCGUGCCGCGGUUGGAUCGAACUCCUCGAAGGUCGGUCGUCGUAUGAAUUGAGGAGGACGGCGUGUUGGUGAGCGGAGUCGCGACCAUGGAAGCAGCCUGCAAGCUGUCGAAGGGGAGCCACUCUUCCUUUUGGCCUACCGGAGUCUUAUGGGCGAGGAGAGGGCACGGGAGGAAGAUGGAUGGAUAAGCUUGCGCGUGUCCACCACCAUUGUUGCAUCGGCUGGAACGUUUACGAGGGUUUUGAACUGAUCCGGAGUUGGUUGUUCUUGGAGGAUCGUGGUGCUGAUGGGAAUGGAGGAGGAUGGACUCGAGCCUGAGCCGAUCGAUCGUUGUUCUUAUCGUCUGCUCACAGUCUGCGUGAGCAGCCGCCGCUCCUCAAGAAGAGCCGGGCAGCGCAGCGCAUGAUUAACUUGUUCGAUGAAACCAAUCACUCUGGGGAGGUGAAUUCGAACAGGAAGCUGGGCUCGUGAGGAGACGUGGCCGUGUCCGGUUGAGCUGGGGCUGGGGAAUUUGAGAAAGGAUUCGGAACGGACAGCAAGGAAGCAGAAGGUAGGGCAGGGGGAAAGAAACUCGAAAGGAAGUUUGAACGAAUUAAAGGAUUCCCAAGAAGAUGGCAGGUGACGGUCGGAGUCAGAGAGUGAAGUCAGAGACCCACCAUGGAGGAGGUGGGUCUCCUGGCUGCGGAACACCGAGGCACCACUGGCGAUCGGUGUCGUGGACUGCGAGGUCCAGAGAGAGGGAAGCGCCCGAGAGCUCGGGGUCUUCAGCGAACUUGCCAGUGGGUUCUGGCAACAGCCAGCAGAGCAGCAGUAAUUCGGGCGAGUUAGACCCAGCAGCAGGAGGGGCUGGAUCAGAUUGCAGCAGCGACUUUUCCCGGCAGACUUCUCUUUUGUGCCCACCCCUUUCUUCACUCUCUGUCUCUCGCGGAGGUCCUGAUGGCGGAGGUGGAGCUGCUAGAUUAGGUUUGGAUAUCCCGCGACUGUCAGGAGGGGGAGCAGCUGUGGAGGAGAGGAAAUUUGAGAAGUUCCAAAAAGGGAGGAAUGGAUUGGACAUCAAGCUGGACCUUGGAGCCGUGCAGGAGGUGACCUUCCAGGAGAGUGAUGCAUCGGAACCCACGGAUUCGGAGCUCUCGCAGAAGAGAGAAAAGAUGGCUUUUUGCGAGAAGCAGUGCUCACGAAUUCGGGGCCAUCUGUACUUCGGCAGCAGUAUCGUGGCCCAAGAUUUCGACACGCUGAGGACGAACAAAAUCACCCAUAUUCUCAACUGUGUCGGUUAUGUGUGCUCUGAAUAUUUCCCCAAGAGCUUCCACUACAGAGUCCUCUGGCUGCAGGAUAGUCCGUGUGAGGACCUCACUUCUGUUCUCUACGAUUGUUUCGACUAUUUUGAAGACGUGAAGGAGCAGGGAGGACGCGUUUAUAUCCACUGCUGCCAGGGCGUGUCGAGAUCAGCCGCCAUAGUCAUUGCUUAUUUGAUGUGGAGAGAAGGUAGACAAUUCGAAGACGUGUUUCAGGAUGUGAAAACCUUGAGGGGAGUGACCAGUCCCAAUAUGGGUUUCGCUUUUCAGCUCAUGCAGUGGCAGUCCAGAAUCCUGGGAUCGCCUAAAAGUCCUACUUUGCGCAUGUUUCGGAUGGCUCCGCACUCACCCUUCGAUCCCCUCCACCUUGUCCCAAAAAGCGUGAAUAACCCGAGCAUGGCUGCUCUCGACUCUCGAGGAUCUUUUGUCAUUCAAUUCAACAACAGGUUGUAUGUCUGGCAGGGUAGACUGUGCGGGAGGUGUAUGGCUAAGGCGGCUGACAAAGCGGCCUUUCAGUUGAUUCGUUAUGAACAUGCCCUAGGCCCGAUCAUCACAGUCAGGGAAGGAAAUGAGCCUUCCGAGGUUCUCGAUGCGUUGAACAGCUCACGGUACACCUCUGAGGACGGAGGAUCGAAUGUGCGUAGAGGAGAGAGGCUGUCCACUGUGAAUGAGACUUUGUCUCCGUGUGGUGCUUGUACCCCUGCAUGGGACUCAGAGGUGACGAGAGGAAUGUUCUUGAACAAUUCUUACGAUGCAGAUUUUGAAGCAUUUGACAAAGCGAGACUGGGAGAAGUUGUGUCUUCCUUGCCGGAUUCGACGAACUUGCGAGGCUGGGAUGGAAGAUGGAACAUGCCGAAACAUGAUUUUUGCUGUGGGGCUCCCUACUCCAGAACCAAGAGAUAAUACUCAUAAGAAGCAAAGAACAGAAGAAGAAGGCUGCUCAAACAUGUUACGCAUUAUACUACCUUGGCUAGGAACGUUUUUAUCUGCAAGUGAGGGAAGGAAGAAAGGAAAAAGCUGAAGCUUCAUCAUCUGUGAGAGUUUGUGGGUAUGUUGAGGGUACCAAGCAUAAUCACAAACAUAUGAUUCUGAAGCUUUCGUUCAUUUCAAUGCUUGGAUCAUCUGGUGGUGUCAAUUGGAGUGCAUCCACUUGCAGGUGCAUGCCAGUAAAACCCACAUUAACUGAGGCAACUCGGAAGAAGAUUGCGGCAGUAAGAUUCUCUCCAGUUUCUGAGACAGUUGCAAAUGAUCCAGGCCACUGGAGAGCAAGCGGGUGCACAAACUUAUGCCCUUGAUCCCGAUAUACAAGAUUAUUCGUACGAAUCUUCAGAAGUCACAAGUACUAAACGUGCUUGUUGAAGCUGGUGUUAUGAUUCAAGGAAAGUUGUUCCCACCCAACAAAUCUCCCUCAACUAGGACCCUUGACAAAUUCGAUGGCUCUGAGGGUCACGGACUACUUCCUCUCGCUUCUGGAACUGCGGGAAGAGUUUUGGGGUUUCAUGUGCUGUAAUGCAGUCUUUGAAGCAGGAAGAUUUCUUCUAAGCAUCACUUCAGUUGAAGUCGUUUGCGCGGUCGAAUUGUACAAUGUCUACAUUCUGCAGGCAUUGUUCAGAAUGAGGUGAAGGAUGUGAGCCGGAUACCUGUCAAUCGGCAAGCUGAAGAAAGUGACCUUCUCCUGGUUAGCAAGAGUAUCAAAAACUUGAGCUUGUAUGGCUCCUUAUCUCGUAUAUUUCUUCUUGAGGUUUCCACGCUAUAUGUGGCGAGGCCUGAGGAAUUGGGUUUGCGGCCAGUGUAAAAAUAUGGUUUAGAUACUGCAAGCAUCAAGUACCAGCGCCAGGGAUGGCUUGCCCAAAGUUAUUGCUACCUGGGAAGCACGGUGAGUUGGUAGUAGUAACACAUCAGCAGUGUGAAAUGCACUUGAAACGUGUUCCUUAUGGAACAUGAGGUUCUUCCUGACCACGUUUCGAAUUCUUUUAGGUUGUACAAUUGGAUAGCUGAACAUUCUUAUUAUUGUGCUCAACAUUCUUUGCUUUGGCGAUGCAGUGGCUAUCGCUCAUCGGCCGAAAGACAGUGAAUAUUUAUGUAGUCCAGGACAAUUCUUGAGAUCCGUUCUCCACUGAGAAUUAGCAAAUUUAGGUAGGAUAUCUUCUACCUGCUGAUAACCUCGGCAGUCAAUUCUUGUCAUUAAUGAUGAAGCCCAAUCACAGGGCCAGGUUUAUC